GCUAUGACAUACAGUAUCCAAUAGUUUGUGUAAAGGUAAAACAUGUCAAAUUAAUAUCUAUACAAGGUCAAGUGUGUAAAUUUUUAGAGGAUCUAUUGACUGAAAUACAAUAUACAUAACUACCUUACAUAAUGAAGCGUUGUUUUUAUACCUUAGACUGAGCUAUUCCUUUCUACAUACACCACGAGACCGCUUGCAUGGAAUUCACCAUGUUGUUUCUACAGUAGCCCUUUAUGGACAGAACGUUGUACAGAGCGCAUUUCGUAAUGUUAUUUCCUUCGGGAAAGAAGCAAAAACGUGAGGACAUUUUAGUGCUGUAAAUUGCAUACAUGGACCUUUAAAAUAUUUAAAAUGAUGUUAGUGAGUAUAAAUGUUGAUGACACGUUUCUAUUUUUAGUAGAAGCAUAACAAGUUGAUACUGUUACUUUAAAAUCGCAAGCCAGCAUGUUAUCAUCCGGAGGAUAUUUACAGUAUAAGAUUCACCAUCCAUCGAACCUGUAAUGAUACAGGAAGGUGUGACUGUCAGGUCAAUGAGCAACUAUAGUGACCUUUGCUCCCACUAGUACAUUUGAGGCAUGCAAAGGUGUUCUGGAAGCGUAAUAUUUUGUGAAAAGACAGUCAAGUCAACAUUAGACACAGAUGUAAUGUUGAAGCGCUAAAGGAACACAGCUGGAUGGUUAGGAAUCAAUACAGCUAUAGAUCAUCAGUACCCUUCCUGGGACACUCUGACAUGGCCAUGGUGCAGAAGAAGGCAUCAGAUAUUCUGGCAGAGCAGAACAGUCCUUUGCUGCAGGACCAGGAGGUCAUGCCCUUCACCAGCUAUCCCAGCAUGCAGUUUACCUCGGCAGAACCCUGCAUAUCAUCACCGCCGUACUACCCCGGUCAGCACUGUUACCCACAGUUCAGCGGGGAGGAGUGGUACUCUCCGUCUGCUGUGUUCGAGAUGAGGAAAGGACCUUUGGAGGGGGGGUUUGACCAUGCGAUGGAGGAGUCUUGCCCUGUUGUCCCCACUCUGUGUAAGAGGUCCAGACAUGCUCCUCAGUCUGGAAAGAGCAAAGGAGAGGAACUGUGCGUGGUCUGUGGAGAUAAUGCGUCAGGGUAUCACUACAAUGCUCUCACAUGUGAGGGAUGUAAAGGGUUCUUCAGAAGGAGCAUCACAAAGAAUGCUGUAUAUAAGUGUAAGGCCGGAGGAAACUGUGAGAUGGACAUGUACAUGCGCAGGAAAUGCCAAGAGUGUCGACUCAGGAAGUGCAAAGAGAUGGGCAUGCUUGCAGAAUGCUUGUUAACUGAAAUCCAGUGCAAAUCCAAACGCCUGAGGAAAAACACAAAGGCAUCAUCUGAUGAAAGCAUAGGGGAGGAUGGAAGUGAUAGUAGAGAUGCUAAACAGGUUGUAUCGACCUCUAGACCUUUCAAGGAAAAUUUUGAACUGAGUCAAGACCAGCAGGCUUUAGUAAAUUUCAUCGUUGACGCUUACAACAAACAUCGCAUCCCUCAAGAUAUGGCAAAGAAACUGUUACAGGAGCAGUUCAGUCCUGAAGAAAACUUCCUCUUGUUGACAGAGAUGGCAACCAGUCAAGUCCAAGUGCUGGUUGAGUUCACAAAAAAUAUACCAGGUUUUCAAUCUCUGGAUCAUGAAGAUCAAAUCGCAUUAUUGAAGGGUUCGGCCGUAGAGGCGAUGUUCCUGCGCUCUGCUCAGGUCUUUACCAAAAAACUUCCUUACGGGCACACAGAGGUGCUGGAGGACAGGAUUAGAAAAAGUGGAAUAUCGGAAGAGUUUAUCACCCCAAUGUUUAACUUUUAUAAAAGCAUUGGGGAACUGCAGAUGAUGCAGGAGGAACAUGCUUUGCUCACCGCUAUUACAAUCCUCUCACCAGAUAGGCCAUAUGUAAAGGACCAGAAGGCUGUGGAGCAUCUGCAGGAGCCUAUGCUGGGCGUGCUGAGGAAGGUUUGUAAGAUACAGCAUCCUCGGAAGCCACAGCACUUUGCACGACUGCUGGGACGUCUGACUGAGCUACGCACCCUCAAUCACCAUCAUGCAGAGAUGCUGGAGUCAUGGCGGAUGAGCGACCACAAGUUCACACCUCUUCUCUGUGAGAUUUGGGACGUCCAGUGACCCAUGAACUAAAACAUGAAAGAACAAGAUGAAAAAGAAGUAUACUAAAGACUUUUACUAAGCUGUCAAUAAGUGAAGUUUACACACCUGGGACAGUCAAAGUAACUUAAACACAAUGUACUGUGCUGUAUAUGAACAUUGUUCACUAAAAACAAUUGUAAGACAUCACCAGCUCUUCAAGGACAAAAUUCUGGUGAAUAAUGUAAUGCCUUUGUAAAUGUUUACCUGGACUUGGCACCUUGGUUUGUUCUUCGAUCUGUGGACUGCAUGGCCUUUUACAUUCUCUAUUUGUGGUAAAUUAAAUAGUAUUUUAAUGUUUUCAAACCUUUA